CUUAAUUUAUUGGCCACCGAGUAUCGAAAUGCGUGUUGGGACGCCGUGAUGUUUUGAAUUUGGUUACAAGGGAGUGUCUACAAAGUUAUACCCGUGCAUAGAUGUUUUUCAGCGGAUUGUAUGCAUACGGAACAAGUUCAGUACACAACAUGUACCUUUCGGCAAUGUUCGGAUAAAGUCGUAGCCCCAGUCGAAGCCGUUCUUCGGUAACGCUCUGCUGCGGCACGUCAUGUAACAACACACUCAAGGUUACUGAUCGAGGGAAAGAAUGGAUCCACAUCUAAAAAACAUCCGUGGGUCAGUCACCAUAUGACAGGAUGCAUCUUGUUGAUUUCGUGUCUGGAUCACUUGGAGGAGCAUGUGGAGUUGCAGUGGGAUAUCCUCUGGACACUGUGAAGGUCCGGAUCCAAACUCAGAAACAGUUCACUGGAGUGUAUCACUGUGCAGUGGAGACGUUUUCAAAAGAGGGGGUGCAUGGAUUCUUCAAAGGCAUGUCCUUACCCAUGGCCACAGUCUCUAUGACUUCCUCAGUGGUCUUUGGCACAUAUAGGAACUGCCUGCAGUGUCUGAAGCAGGCUCGAGGAGCUGACUGGGGACCAAACACCAAACUGGAAAUCUUCCUGUCUGGAAUGGUUGGUGGUGUUGCUCAGAUAUCAGUGAUGUCGCCAGGUGACAUCGUGAAAGUCCGUUUGCAGUGUCAGACAGAGUCCAAGCGAGGAGGAGCCAGCAUGCCUAAACCAAAGUACCAUGGUCCAGUUCACUGUCUGCUGAGCAUAAUCAAACAGGAAGGCUUCAUGGGGCUCUACAGAGGAGCCCUGCCGCUCAUGCUAAGAGAUGGACCCUCAUACGCUACGUAUUUUUUGACUUACACCACCAUCUGCGAAUGGCUAUCAGAUGGCAGCAAGACAAAAGCAGAUUGGAGUGGUGUGAUGCUGGCGGGGGGAAUAGCUGGAAUGGCAGGCUGGACUGUGGGAACACCGAUGGACGUGAUAAAAGCCCGCCUGCAGAUGGACGGGGCGCGGGAGACAAAGCGAUAUAAGGGCUUUUUCCACUGCAUCGCUGAGACUGUGAAGGUGGAGGGAGCCGGGGUUUUCUUCAGGAGUUUAGGUGUCAACUGUUUGCGUGCAUUCCCAGUAAACAUGGUGGUUUUUUUCACAUACGAGGUUCUCACCAGGUUUCUCCAACCCACACCUGAAAAUGUGGAGCCAACCUCGUUUAGGGUUUGAAUAGCAUCAGUGCUUUUGGUUGCAGUAUCUCAUAUACAGCUCUUAAAGAGUGAUUGUUUCUGCUGUUGUUUUUGUAGCUGUUCAAUAUAAUCCAUUUAUAUAAAAACAUCAGAUAAUAUAACCUUAUCUGCACAAAGGAACAAGCUUUGCCAGUACAAGAUUGUAAUGGAAUGUCUUUCACCACUAGAUGGCGCCACUGACCAGCUUGUCACAUUUUAUUCUUGCUGUGUUCGUACAAGAAAACAGUCUUAAUGACUGUUGAUUAUUUACAAAAGAAAACCUCCGUUAUUUGAGGCUACUUGAACUUAAGCCACAUUUGACUUCAUAUGAGACCAUUUUAAGGUCUUUUUAAGGUCUCAUAUGAAUUUGGUUUUUAUUAGAAUUGUGUAAAAGAAAAAAGGAGUUGAUGUUACACUGUCUUCCAUGUUUGUGCACAGGACUACUAUAAGUGCUGCUGUUAUAAAUGAGGCUGAAAGCUUUGAAGCACUUGCUGGGUAAUUGUAACAUGGAGCUUAUUUAUGAACCAGUUUGACUGUUUAAAAUGUUUAUUUACUCAUUAUAUACAAGACAUAUCAACUGCUGUAUGACUUUGUUUUACAGGCCUGGGAAAUUUGCAGAGUCAUGGUCAAACAAGGGAAUUUAUGUGAAUGCAAUUUAUUGUAAUUUAUUUUUCGAAUUAUGAAAAUAAUGCUCAUUGUGCCUUCUGUUAAUAAAAGUUGAAAAUAUA